AACUCUUUGUGAUGAAUUUAUUGAUACAUUCGAAUAGCCUAGUCCUUAAUAAAAUUACAACAUAUCACAUGGUUUGCGUGCCAACCCCACUACUCUAAUCACACAGAAUUUCGACGUACGAUGUCUGCCUGGAUUUCCGAACCAAUGACUCGAUUAUAGAGUGCUCUGCAAGAAUGAUUUUCUUGAGAAAAGUGAGUCUUAUUCAAGAGUCUUACACUCAGCUUUUGAUACUUCUCAGGUGGACCGAGCUCACACGAAAUAUCUUGGGUUGACUGUGGAUAAAAUGUAACAGGGCCGCAAACUGCGCAUGGCCCUGACACUCCGUCGUACGCACUCCGGAUGGAAUCGGUAUUUACAACAAAGGAUGGCGCGAUCGUAUGGCAUGGAGUGGCCUCUGAUCCAGUCUGUUUUGCAUUUGCUCGCAAGUCUUCGAACAUCUUUCCAUUGGAAUUGCAGAUUGGCACGGAGACAAAAACUUCGCGCAACGGGGAAGAGACGAUAGACAUGUUCCAAGAGACUGAAGACGGAGAGGAGGAAGCGAACUGCGAGCAGGAGGGCUGCGCCUUGCGAGCUGAAGGGGAACAAUCUAGUGCGCACGGGAGCGGUGCUGAGCUCCGAAAUGGCACGGGAGCUGAUCUCGGGGUCUCCGACCCCCAAAAUUCACCGUCACUUCCGGGUUUGGUACUGGAACGCAAAGAGUCGCUCGGAGCCUCACAAAGCAGACCAAACGGUACCGAGUGCAUCUCCGAGUUCAGAUAG